UUAAAAAAUCUCGCGGAGAUUUUUUUAGACGCUGUUCAGUGGUGCUUGGCUUUUGUGAUUUUCUCAGAAAAAUGGAAAGGAUUAUCAUUACUCACUUUGUUGAUCCUCACAGGUUCUGGUUUCGGCUCGAUGAGCCAUUCCAGGACCAGGGAGAAUUGUUGGAUUUUCGAGCAAAUUUGAACAAAGCAAUCCAGCGAGCUGAAAAAAAUGAAGGAUGGACGCCGGCUGUUGGAGAGGUUGUAGCGUACUUCUAUAAGCAUUCAGCAAUGCUCGAGAGGGCAGUGGUGAACAGCAUUGGGUUGAAUGGGGAACUGACGCUGUGGCUUGUGGAUAUUGGACAUCCUCAGCGGGCAAGGAGGGAUGAAGUCAGACCAAUACCAAAGAAUGUUAAACUGCCGGAGAAGAAGACUAUUCGCGAGGGAGGAAUUUUUCAACUUGCUCCUGCUAAAAGGAAGUUCAAUCUUCAGACGCUGAAGGUGGAAAUGGUUGAUUGUGGGAAUAUUUGGUCCCAAGAUGCCAUUGAGCUGAUGAAGGAAGCUAUAGAAUUCGCAGAAAGCUUGAGAUUUGAGGCAAGGAGCUUUCCGGACGACAAUUUUGUGUUCGGUAACUUGACUUUUGUCAUGCCAAAUGGCCGGAAGUUGUCUGCAGUUGAUCUCUUGGGAGACUACAGUCGCAGAUCUGAGGACUUUCUCGAAAUGAUUUCUCGGAAUUUGUGCCCAAAGCUGCGCCUGAAGAAUUCCGGGAACGACUUGGAAGCUGUCCCGGCAUCGCAGGAUUACGUGAACAAGUGGAUUGAGAAAGUGGUCGAUGUGCAAAAUGAUAAUUUUGACGAAUCCGUAAGUACUUUUCACACUCCAGCCGUUCCAGCCACAAUCCCAAAGUGUCCGGAAAUGGACGAAUGGGAUCACAUGGACCAUCAUCGAUCGCGUCCUGCACACAAAGUCAGUGAGAUUCUGGAGGAGGAUGAAUUCUCGAGUGUCCCUUCCAGUCACCAAAUGAACGGUCGACCGGGAAAGGUCUCAGUUUCUCCAUUCAAGAGCUCCUCUAGCGCUUCCGACGGCAAAAGUCUCGUGGAGGCUCGCAGAGCGCAUUCUAUGAAGCUCCUCGAAGAGAGUCUCAGUGAGAAGGAUCUUGUGGUCCCUAGUGGCCGUUCCCAGCUUGUCCCUCAGCCAGCUGGAAUGGUCAACUCUAAGGAUGUCCCAAUCAUCAACAGACCCAAACGCAAGAACUCAAAAAGUCCUUUGGAAGUGGAAAAGGGGGAUCCUCGGGAGAAAAUCAGGGCUCUGGGCGACGUUGCAAUCGCCCCAUCGGCCAAGAAGAGGUACCAGAGGCUUCUGGCCCAUGGGGAAAAUUCUGUGAAAAUGAUCGAAAAGAUCAGCGACGUACCCUUCCGGCCAGAAGUUCAUGCGAAGCUCAAGUGUGGCGAUGUUCAUCGCGUUCAGUGCCUUACAUGGCCCCAUAUCUUCCGCGGGGGCUCAGUUGUAGUUAUCGGACACAAGAGAUCCGGGAAGACAUUGGCUUAUCUGCCGAUGCUCUUCACUCGCAUGAUGAACGAUAAAGAGAAGGAACAGGCUGAGAUGCAGAUUGGAGCUCGUGCCAUUGUCAUUUGCUCCUCCAGCAAGAAUGUGUACAAGACUAGUAAAACCUUUGAUGGUUAUAAUGACAAACAGAAGAUGAAACUAUCUGUACUGCCAUCCUGCAAUCCCCGGGACACUCGGAAUCACGUCAUUGAGUUGCAGAAUGGCGUGGACAUUCUGUUCACAACAGCUCCCGGAUUUAAGAGACUAUGGCAGUGUGCACAGAAGGAGACUGUGGAUUUGCUGACGUUGGAUGAAGUGAGGUAUCUCAUUGUGGAUGACUACGAUGAGAUUGUCCAGCAUUUCCGCAGUGAAUUGAAGUUUGUGAUGGACACGAUAAUGUCCAGGGUGGAUGAGAAUGAUCUGUGCAGGGCUGAAGUUAUGAUAACAUCGAGGAAGUGGAUGCCGAAAUUCAAGGAAUUCUGGAAGAAAUUCGACAAUCCCAUGUUGUGCAUAGCUUCAGGAGUGGAAGCAGCUCUGUACGGAGGAGGUAAGUUUACCCUGGACAUAAUGGAUACGGAGCAAAAGGUGGUGGCUAUCAGAGAAAUUCUGGCCACUGAGGAGUAUUUCAUUGAACCGACGAUGAUUGUCUGCAAUACGGCAGAUGAAGUUAACUAUCUGGCGAGUGAUUUGAGGAAGAAUUCCGUGUCGGUGAUGACAUUUACGGAACCGAGUAGAGAGGAAUUGAUGGUGAAGGAUCAGUGCGUGAUCAUCUGCACUGAUGCUAGUCUAAUGGACAUCAAUAUGAGGAGAAUACAGAAUCUCAUUCAUUUCUCGCUUCCGGAGAAAUGGAGCACAUUCGACAGGCGUUUCGUCGUCUGCUUCGAUUACUACGAAGAUCAGGUAGUUUGCGAGGAUGUUACAAAGUCGCCGGUGAAGGUGCACAUCUUCCUGGAUCAGCACAAUGACAAGCAACUGCCCAAGAUGAUCUACUUCAUGAAGACACGCUUCAGUAGCGUGGAUAUUUCCAAUGAGAUCCUCGAGUGUGCCAGAGCCACGGUAAUUCGCCGGGAAGAGGGGAAGGUUAACCGGGGAGAACCUCUGUGCUCGGCCAUGAUGGAAUUUGGCGAGUGCAAAGUUGAUCAGAUUGACUGUCCGUACAGGCAUCGAUUCAGCAUUGACGAUGCCCCGUCGGAAUUACUGCCCAAGAAAGGCGUUGUACGCAUGAAGAUUCUGGCUGUCAUGACGCCGCUGCACUUUAUGUGCAACAUCCUUCACUCCAUGGAGUCGUACAUUGAUCCUUACGAAAAGUGGAUCGUGGUGAAUCAGAGCAAUCGAUUCAGUGUCUUCCAGAAUGAUCUCAAUCGCCAUAUGAUGACCAAAGAAAAUCAGCUGACUCCUGCAUCGGCAGAUGUCCAGGAGCAUGACAUCUACCUCUUGCCAUUUGAUUACAGUUUCCUCAGGGUUCGCGUACUUAGUGUUCUGACAGAAAAGGGGCAGACAUUUGUCUCAAUCACCGGCGUGGAUAUUCACAAAGUUGUAGACAGGUUUCCGGCACAGGAACUCCUUGUUCUGCCAGAAGAAUUCAGGGAUUUCCCGCAUCAGCUGAUAAAUGUGAGACUGUUUGGGUUGGUGCCGAAUGACCACGAAAUGAUGUGGGAUUCCAGAUCGACGAACACUGUCAAGGAUCUGGUGAAAUCCGUUGAGGAGUCAGAUAAAAAAUUCUUCAUUGGCGAGGUUGAAUUGACACUGAAGAAUACCAUUUACGUAAAGUCGCUCCUUUGCGUAGAGUUCAUCGAUUCCACGCAGACGAAUUUUGCACAAUUCUCGCUAAAAGGCCAGAUACUGAAGGACCAAAUUGCCGUGGAGGGCGAUAAGGAUAAGAUUCAGGUCAUCAGGAAGCUGGCACAAGUCGCAGGGAUCUUUGUGUCAGAGGAAGAGCAGGAAGUGAAUGUAGCGGAGGAGGAGACGCCGCAGGACAGUAAGAAAAAGGAAGUACCGGAUACUGAGGGAAGGGUUGCACAAGUUGAGGAAAAAUGGAUGUCUCUGCCGGAGGAAUCCCUGGUAAAUGUGAAUAUUCUGCAUUUUGCAUGUCCGGGAGAAUUUUACGUGCAGGAUUUAUCGAGAGCUGCCGAAAUGCGGGAGUUGUAUGGGAAGGUGAGGGAAUUUGUGGGGACUGCUGAGGAUUUGAAGUCUCAUGAAGAGUGGAAAGUUGGGGAUCACUGUUUAGUUCUGAUGGAGAGGAGUUAUUUUCGCGGAAAAGUGUGGCAGGAGACUUCACAGGAUGAUGAGUAUCAUGUUUUUCUGGUGGAUGAAGGUAUUAUCAGUAUCUUCAGUACGUCAGAGAUGUAUGAAAUAGCCCCAUUCCUGGUGAAGGAGUAUCCUUUUUAUGCCAUUCGUUGCUCUCUCUUGGCGGUGAAUGAGAAAAGUCCAAGGAGCUGGGAGGAGGAAGGCCAGGAGAUCUUUGAGAGAUUCCUCAAUGGCAGCAAGAAAGUUGAAUUUUAUGCUUAUGCCCAGGAAAAGCGUACACUGAGACGAGGUGAAUGUUGGAAAAUUAAGCAUUACUCGGUGAUUCUGGUCAGAAGGGCGAGAGAUCUUGUUGUGAUCAAUAGAAGGCUCAUGGAGGAGAAUUAUGGGGUGAGGAAUGAGGAAAAGUGGCAUUUUAUUGAGAAGUUCAUUGAGAAUAUGGACAGUAUGGCGGAAAUUGCGCAGAAACCUCUUCCGGAUUACGAUGAAAUUAUCCCAGUGAAUGCAGUGAAAGUUUCCGGGAAGGAGGCUGAGCAGGAACAACUGAGCAAAACUCAGUCGACUCUGGAUUCCGAUGAUACAGCCACUCCAGAAUCUGCAGGAUCUCCUGGAUGUAGUCUCUUCCAUUUGGAGUCGCUUUUCCCACCUCCGUCCAUCGAAUGGCGCCAGACGGAUCGAGAAUUUGUCCUGAACGUCAAUGCCGUGGACAUGAAAGACUACAAUCUCUCAAUAAGAUCGAAAUUCCUCACCCUCACGAUGCUCUUUGAGGAUAAGCCUGAACAUGGAUGUGUGAUCAAUUUCUUUGGGUGCAUUGAUCCAGAAAAGAGUUCUGCCAAAGUAAGAGGAAAUACUCUCAGUAUUCGGCUGUGCAAAUCAAUUCCCGGAAGGGAUUACAAAUGGCCAUGUCUCAAAGAUCCUCCUGAGAAGGUUUCUUGGCUCAGGGAAGCCUUGGACAUUCCCAAAGGGGAUCUAGAGUCGGAUUCAGAGGAGUCAGGAGUGAAGGAACCUACUGAACGACUGGCGCAUUAUGCUGAAGAGGAUGAUGAGGGGUACGAGUAUUCCGAGAAAGAAAUUGACUCGGAUGAUGACAACGAACUCUGCUACGCUGGACAUUUUCCUGUCACGGAUUAAAGUUUUCCCUCAUCAUUUUUUUCGUGCCUACAUUCUCAUUUUACGUAGAAUAGAAAGUAGAGAAUUUGAAAAAUUUGAAUUUACCAUUUUAUUUUUCAAUAAAUCUAUUUGACGUUAA